CCAAAUUAUACUGUUGUAGCAAGAUCACUCAGACACACCGAUACCACCUGUGAAUUCGGCUGAGUUUGUGCUUAAUUUCAUUGUGAGAAGCUUAUUAAAUUACAAAAAUUUUUAAAAACAAAUAUCUCAAAAGAAGUGUAUAAAAUAAUAAUCCCGAUUAAUAUGCUAAAUAAAUGUAUAAUUUUGUUUAUUUGCCUGUUUUUGUGCACCAAUGCUGCAGUGACCACAAACAGCAAAGUCCAACAAACGCAGUACAACAAUUAUUACACCAACAAUCCAGUUACGGUGACGACCGCAAAAUCCUUUCACAGUGAAAAAUAUGAAAAAGUGCAAACCGAAAACCGCAUAAUUGACCGCUUUAAUCACCGUUAUCCGGACGGUAGCUACGAGUUCCGCUAUGAGCAGAGUGACGGUUCUGCACGGUACGAACGUGGUUAUUUUCUACUUAUCGAUAACGUCAAAACUUUAGUCGUUGUCGGUUACUACUCCUACCGGCAACCAGAUGGGAGGUAUUUGACUGUAUUCUACAAUGCGGACCAAAAUGGAUAUCGGCAGAACCAAUCAAUCACAGCACAAACAUAUCCCAAUCUUCCUCGUUCAAUAGAAGUCCCACAAACAGCUGAGAGAGAAGCGCCAACUUCCCGUCCCAAUAUUACAUCAACAACAUCUAGAAGAGAUCGUUUUUAAGAAACAAUACGGAGGCCAAUGGAUUUAUUAAGUCUAUCACAACUAUUACAACUAACAGUAUUGAAAUAAUAUCAAAAAUAUUAU